GCGCCCGGCGCCGCCAUGAAGCGGGAUCCGCAGCGCCCUCAGGAGUGCCCCGGCCGGCCCCAGGGGCAGCCCGAGCCCCCCUCUUCUCCUCCUCCUCCUCCUCCUCCUCCUUCAUCCUCCUCCUCCCCGGAGCCGCCGCUGUGGAUCUUCGGGUACGGCUCGCUGGUGUGGAGGCCGGGCUUCGAGUUCACGUCGCGCAAGGUGGGCUUCAUCCGCGGCUACAGCCGGCGCUUCUGGCAGGGGGACACCUUCCACCGCGGCAGCGAGAAGGCGCCCGGCCGGGUGGUGACGCUGAUGGAGGAUGGCGGGGCGUGCACGUGGGGUGUCGCCUACAAGGUGUGCGGGGAGCAGAUCGCUGCGUCGCUGCAGUACCUGAACAUGCGAGAGGCCGUCCUGGGGGGCUACGACACCAAGCUGGUCAAGUUCCACCCGCAGGACAAGGAUGCAGAGGAACCCAUCCAGGCUCUGGUUUACAUUGCCACCCCCCAGAACCCCUCCUACCUCGGCCCAGCGUCUGAAGAAGACAUCGCAGCGCAAAUCAUGGCCUCAAGCGGUUGUGCUGGCCACAACAUAGAGUACUUGCUGAGACUGGCAGACUUCAUGCGCUACUUCUGUCCUCAAGCGGAGGAUAAACAUCUCUUCUCCAUCGAAGAGGCUCUCAUUUCUAUCCUCCCCUGCAUGUGCCACACAGAGGACACCCUAGAAGAAACUUCAGGUGUCCCUCAGAAGACCAAGAGCUGAAACGAAAGCAUCUUGCAGGGCUUCAGUGAAAGGGACAUAAGGAAAAAACAGUAGGGACAGUCUUAACUCUGAAAAAUAUACUAGACUGAGUGAAUGAAGGGAAAGCUAGCAAGUGGGUGGGGAGGGAGGAAAUGGAGGGGCUGUAAAACGUGUUUGCUGUAGGACUUGUGAUUAGGACCUGUUACACUCCUUACUUGUAGCACCAAGACAGUCAUCACGGCUUUCCAGGUGGGAAGCAGGGGUCUUGGUUGGAACUUUGCUGUAUGACUUGCUUUUGGGGGUCAAACCUGAAGCAUUCAUCUUCUUAAGAGGGGAAAGAGGCUCAUUGACUUUGCACUUUUUUUUUUUUAACUUUGAAGACUAGUUGAGCAGGACUUGACUGGGUUUUAGCAGUAUAUAUGCAAUUCUACCUCAGGCAAAAAGCUGUUUGUGUCGUGGUGACUUAAGCAGGUUCUGCCAAAUUUCCCCCUUCCCCCCCCCCCCUCCAACCCCACCUCCAGUGCAAUAUUAAGUGAACCUUGCCUUAAGUGGCCUCUGUAGGCUCUUGUGAAUCCUACUUCCUUAUGUUGUAAAGGAUCACACUAAUGCAUUUAUUUUUCUAAACUGUUGUGUUGUGUUUAUUUAUAUUGCAUAUCCCCCCCUUAGGAGAUAUGUCUGAACUGCCUGCUUAUGUGCCACUGUGUGUGUAGCCCACAUUCAACCUUGCAAUUGUGCCUUUGAGUUUUAGAUCAGUUUUCUGAGGAGCUAUGCCUGCUUUAAUGACAGAAGCUGUUCUCCAAGCUUCACUGACCUUGUGCUGCUACGAACUUUAUAAGAAAUGGUCCUGUUGUAGCAACUCUGUACUGUCUGGAGGAAAGCUGCCUGGAUGCAGCAGCACUUUAACUAGCCCUGUAUUAGAUAAGCCUCUUCUGCUUCAGGGUAACACAGGUUUCUGGUGAAGCAUUUGAGGGUUCUAGUUCCACACCUAGGGCUGAGUCUGUCUGGUGCAUUUUUACUUGACUGCAAAGGACCGUCACCGAGCAUACUUGCAAGUUUGGGAGUUUCUGAAAUGCCUGCUCUAUCACGUGAAGCAUAGGUACUGCUGCAAGCUCAGGCUUCUCAGCUUUAAACAUACUAACAGCUUUAAAAUCCAUCGUAUUUCGAAAGAAAACCGCUGCUGCUACUACAACUAGCAAGAGAGCUGUUGAGAGCUGACCUCUGGGAUGUUUGACUCCUCCCAAAUACUAUGUUUUUUUUAAUAAAAAUAGGGAAUGUUUAUAUUACUGUGGCUUAUAUGUAUGAACUGAUGCUGUGCCCAGUAAUAAACUGACAAAAUAAAUGAUUUUUUUGUACUUUUUUUCAA